AUGGAUGAAACGAAAGACGAUCAAGAUGAUGUAUCUAUAAAAGGGAAAGAUAAUCGUCUUUCGAAAGUGAAUUUGGACAUGAUAAUAAAAGAGGAGGUAGGAGAGUUUGGACGGUACCAGAAAAUGGCUUUGGGGCUGUGUUUGAUAGUGGCGCUGUUUAGUGGGUACAGCGGAAAUGAGUAUGUGUUCACUGCUGCAAGGAUUUCGACGAGAUGCUUGAUUCCCGAAUGCGAGACUGGAGAUUUUUCACCAUCAUGGCUGUCUCUAGCCAUACCCAGUGCCGGUAGUGCCUUCGACAACUGUAGAAGAUUCAACUCUUCAGGACUUAGCUGCUCGGCGGACAAUUUCGAUCGACAUGACGUCGUGCGGUGCGAGGAGUAUGUUUAUGAGAAAACUGACACUGUUGUCUAUGAGUUUAACCUGGCAUGUCAAGAAUGGCGUCGCUCGCUCAUCGGCUCAGCCAGCACGUUUGGCAAGAUGCUAGCCCUGCCAUUGACUGGCAUUUUCGCCGACAGAUAUGGCCGACGUACAGCCCUCGCCCUUAAUGCCUUUAACUGUGCCUGGAUUGGCACGGUGAGGUCUUUCUCGCAGUCCUAUGGCAGUUUUAUCGCUCUGGAGUAUUUGGAAGCUGCUUUUGGGGCUGCGGCCUUUUCUUGUGGGAAUACUAUUGUGAUGGAGUUUAUGGGGCCGAAGUACAGAGUUGCUGCCGGCGCGGCGAUGUCUACUUUCUACGCUACGGGACUCAUUAUGCAAGCCCUUAUGGCGUGGGCCUUUCCUUACUGGAGACACUUGACUUUAGCCUUAUUCAUACCGCAGCUGGUCACUGUUAUAUACUUCUGGAUCAUGCCAGAAUCAGUCCGAUGGUAUCUGAGCAAAGGCCGUUAUAAAGAAGCUGAAUCACAGUUAAAGAAAGCAGCUAAAAUGAACCGUAAAUUACUAUCAGAAGCAUCGCUAGCUAAACUUAGAGAGAGCUCAGAAGAAGAGAGAAAGAUGAAAGAAUUGAAGAAGGAAGGGACAAUUAAGGAUCCUUGGCUAGUGACGCUUGUAUUCCAACAUAAACCAAUUCUGCUGCGCUGUAUUAUAACACCAGUUUGGUGGAUCACGACAACGUUGAUAUACUAUGGGUUGUCGAUGAAUGCUGUCACCAUGUCAGGGAAUAAAUACGUAAAUUACAUAGCGGUAGGGGCGGUGGAAAUACCAGGGUAUUGGACAGCUGUGCUCCUAUUUGAUAGGAUCGGCAGGAAGCCGUUGCUCUGCUGCGCUUUCUGGAUGUGUGCGGCGUGUCAAAUUGGCUUUAUUUUUAUGACAAAAGAUUACUAUAACCUCUCCUUGGCAGUGUACCUGGUGGGCAAGUACAGCAUCUCAAUCGUCGUAACCUGCGUGUACGUGUACACGAAUGAGCUGUUCCCAACGCAGUAUCGAGGCAGUCUGUUCUCCUUCGCUUCCAUGAUCGGCAGGAUUGGCGCCAUAUCAGCACCUCUCACUCCUGCUUUAAAAUGUUUGGUAUUUGACCCAAAUGCAGGUUGCUGUUUAGUCUCCAGGGUUUUCAUCAGUGAUAAUCUCAUUCCACAGGGCACAAUGGUGUGGAAGCACCUCCCAUUCGUGUUGUUCGGGAGUUUCGCAGCACUAUCAGGCUUACUGGUGCUGCUGGCUCCAGAGACUAAAGGAACCACGCUACCGGACACCAUGCAGCAGGCUGCGGACCUUGGCAGGUCGAAGAAACCUUCCGAGAGCUUAUGA